AUGUGUUGUACACAAUGUAUUCCGAGUGCUGUCACUAGCGCUAAGUUAAAUGCUAAAGUCACGUGUGUCGAUCUGCUUGUUGAGCUAGAGCUAAAUCGCAUGGGCCUCACCAGGCUCAAUCACACAUCACCCACCCCGGGCCAGCUUCCACGCCCAACAUCCCACUCAAUUGACGGAGUCCAUACACGCAGCGCUGCAUUAACCGCCCAGCGGAUCCAAUCAACCGCUUUUCGACACACAUACAAAACUCCCAGCGCCGCAAUGCCUACCCCCGAAUCCGCGGCCUUCCUCGCGAAGAAGCCCAAGGUCGCGCCCACCUUCGAAGGUGUUGACUACGAUGACAACUCGCAGCUUAAAGCUGCGCAAGAUGCUAUCAUUCGUGAGCAGUGGGUCCGGAGUAUGAUGGCAAGAUUGGUGAGGGACGAAAUGAACAAGUGCUACCGGAGGGAGGGUGUGAACCACCUGGAGAAGUGCGGAGACCUGAGAGGUACGUCAAUGGAAAUACCGGCUCGAAGGCAAACGAUGGAGCAGAUCUAG